AAAUAAAACCCUAAAUGAAUAAAAAGUCUCGGUGAAAAAAAUGCAAAAGCAAACCCAGCAGCUCCAUAAAAAAAUGCAGUAGCUGGACACUUUGCUCUUGUAUCAGAAACGAGCAGCCAGUACUUCGCCACGAACAGGUUUAGCACAUUUCAUCCUCAUUCAUUAUGGCUAACGGUCCAGCACCGUUUUCUGAGAUUGGCAAAAGAGCAAGAGACCUCUUGUACAAGGAUUAUAAUUUCGACCACAAGUUUAGCCUGUCGAUUCCAAGUUCCACUGGAUUGGGCCUUACAGCUACAGGGUUGAAGAGGGAUAAAUUUUUUGUUGGUGACUUAAACACGCUUUACAAGAGUGGAAAUGUUACAGUGGAUGUGAAAGUCAAUACAGACUCUAAUGUAUCUACAAAAGUGACUUUGAAUGAUGUUUCCCUUUCCCAUAGUAAAAAAGUAGCGUUGAGCUUCAAUAUACCUGAUCACAAGUCAGGAAAGUUGGAUGUGCAGUAUCUUCAUCCUCAUGCAGCUAUUGAUUCCAGUAUUGGCUUGAACCCAGCCCCUAAAUUGGAGCUUUCCGCUGCAAUUGGAAGCAAAGAUAUAUCUAUGGGUGCUGAAGUUGGAUUCGAUACAACCUCUGCUUCAUUCUCAACAUAUAAUGCCGGGAUUGCCUUCAAUAAACCAGAUUUCUCUGCAACACUUAUGCUGGCUGAUAAAGGACAGUCUCUGAAGGCAUCUUACAUUCAUUAUGUGGACCGCCCAGAUGGAUUAACAGUUGCUGCUGAACUCGCUCACAAGUUGUCCUCUUCUGAGAACAGAUUUACCUUUGGGACCUCACAGUCAAUAGAUCCAAAAACAGUUUUGAAGACUCGAUUCAGUGAUGAUGGCAAAGCUGCCUUCCAAUGCCAACGAGCGUGGAGGCCAAAUUCACUCAUAACCCUAUCUGCCGAGUAUGACUCCAAAAAAAUCAUUGGUUCACCUGCCAAAUUCGGUCUCGCUCUUUCUCUCAAGCCUUAAACUGGUUUGGCAAUCAAAUCUUAUUCAACGACUUUUUAACUUUACCAUUCUAUCAUUUUACAUUGUUGCCAUUACCUCUGGUGGGAUGUUUUAAGCCCUCUCAUAUCAUAAGGUAAACCAAAGGAAUCAAUAUAAUUUGUGAAAUCUUCUAAAGCGGCACAGGGGAGAGACCCGGUUUUGAAAACUUACAUAAUGAUUAGAAUUUUUGUUGCCGAUUUAUUGUGCUGCCAUUCUAUAUCUGGCAUAAGUUGUGGGAUAAACGUUUUUUCCCUAGUGAUUCAUGGUCAGGUGAAUAGUGGAUGUCUGAGGUCUAAUCUCAUUAUUUUACACAACAUCUUCUCAUAUGAACCAAUUGUGGUUUAUCAUUCUAUUCCUUUAACACUUCAUCUACAGAAAAAUACGCAUCUCGAGCAGUUGAAUGAUUACAAUUUAGAUGUUUUAUACUAGGGAUGUAGUAUGCAUAAGAGUAGAUGAGGUGCUGGAGACGGAUUCAUAUGGUGUAUGUGAAUAAAUUCAAUGAUAUGUAUUAUCUUUUUGACGUGGUUACAUAUUGGAUAUUGAUGUUCAGACUUGUAUCA